UUAUAAUGUCAACUUGACAAUAUAUGAUUUUCUUAUUGCUUACUUCAUCCACAACUUGCGGCACAUUUACCUAUAUAAGUUCAUGGCAAAUGAACUACACUAGUAUCUAAAGAAGCAAUUUCUCACCUUCAGAUCAAAGAAGACACUAACUAUGGGAAUCUGCAGAAGUAUGGCUACACAACCAAGGAUACAAAGAAGACUAGGAGGGAAAAGAGCUGCACUUUUUGUAUAUGCUAUGGAAGGGUUAGAGAACAUGGCUUUUGUUGCCAAUGCAGUGAGCUUAAUAACUUAUUUCACUGGGUCCAUGAACUUCAGCUUAACAAAAUCAGCAACAACCCUAACCAACUUAAUGGGAACUGCUUUUUUACUACCACUCCUAGGUGGAUUAAUUUCUGAUACAUAUUUGUCUAGGUUCAAGACUUGUGUUCUGUUUGCAAGCAUGGAAUUGUUGGGAUAUGGUAUCCUAACAAUUCAAGCACGUUUCCAACAAUUAAGACCAAUUCCUUGCAAAGAUAUAGCACCAAUUGAUAUGAACCAAUGUGAGCCUGCUAAUGGAAGCCAAGCAGCUAUACUUUAUACAGGACUAUACCUUUUUGCAUUAGGAACAAGUGGUGUUAAAGCAGCUUUACCAGCCUUAGGAGCUGACCAAUUUGAUGAUAAAGAUCCAAAAGAAGCAGCUCAACUUUCAAGCUUUUUUAAUUGGUUCUUACUUAGCCUUACCACAGGAGCAAUAUUUGGUGUUACUUUCAUUAAUUGGAUUAGUUCUAACCAAGGAUGGUAUUGGAGUUUUACUGUAUGCACUAUAGCAGUCUUUCUAUCAAUUCUGUCUAUUUGCAUGGGUAAGUCAUUCUACAGAAACAAUACUCCAAAGGGAAGUCCUCUAAUUAGAAUCAUACAGGUGUUUGUGGCAGCCUUCAAAAACAGAAAACUCGAAAUUCCUGAGAAUGCAGAAGAAAUGCAUGAGAUCCAUGAAAAAGAAAGAGGAGACAGUUAUGAAAUCCUUAAGAGGACUGAUCAAUUCAGAUUCUUAGACAGAGCAGCAGUUGGGGGAAACAGUACAGGAUCAUGGAAUCUUUGCACAGUGACACAAGUAGAAGAAACAAAAAUCCUAGUCCGAAUGCUACCAAUCAUAUUAAGCACAAUAUUUAUGAACACAUGUUUAGCACAGCUUCAAACUUUCAGCAUACAACAAAGCACAACCUUGGACACAAACAUCUUGGGAUUCAAAAUGCCAGGACCCUCCCUCCCAGUAAUCCCUCUAUUGUUCAUGUUUGUCCUAAUUCCUCUAUACGACCGAGUUUUCGUCCCGCUUAUUCGAAGAAUCACAGGAAUCCCAACCGGAAUCCGACACCUUCAAAGAAUUGGAAUUGGAUUGGUUCUAUCAGCUAUAUCAAUGUUAGUUGCUGGUUUUGUCGAAACACGUCGAAAAUCUGUAGCCAUAGAACAUAAUAUGGUAGAUAGCACGGAGCCUUUACCAAUGAGUGUUUUUUGGUUGGGUUUUCAAUAUGCUAUUUUUGGAGCUGCAGACAUGUUUACACUUAUUGGACUUCUAGAGUUUUUCUAUGCAGAAAGUUCAGCUGGAAUGAAAUCACUUAGUACAGCAAUUUCUUGGUGUUCUGUUGCAUUUGGUUAUUUUACAAGCUCAGUGGUUGUUGAGGUUGUUAACAAAGUGAGUGGUGGUUGGUUGGCUAGUAAUAAUUUGAAUAGAGACAAGCUUAACUACUUUUAUUGGUUAUUGUCAAUCAUAAGUGUUAUAAACUUUGUAUUUUACUUGGUUUGUGCUUCUUGGUAUAGAUACAAAACAGUGGAAGACAAACAACUAGGUGAUUCAAAUGAUGUUGACAUGGUUAAGGUUUAAGUUAGAUUACUAGGACUAUUGAAUCUACAUGUAAUUUAGUAUAUGUUUAUGUUCUUGUAUAAAAAGAAUUUAUUAUAAAUAAACUUGAUUUGGUAAA